UCCUGCACGCUUGAACCACCAUCACCACCAUCACCUUCUUCUCUCUCUCACUCGGCAAUGGGGUCUCUGAGAUCUUCUUCUUCUCCGUCUUCUUCGUCAGCUUUGAAAUGGCUCGGCUUCGUUACGGCUGUUUGGGUCCAAGCCAUCUCCGGCAAUAACUACACCUUCUCCAACUACUCCGACGCUCUCAAGUCCCUCAUGAACCUCACUCAGCUCCAACUCAACAACCUCUCCGUCGCUAAAGACGUCGGUAAAGCAUUUGGAAUCCUCGCCGGUCUCGCCUCCGACCGCCUCCCCACCCCCCUCAUCCUCCUCAUCGGCUCCCUCGAAGGCCUCCUCGGCUAUGGUGUGCAAUGGCUUGUCGUCAGCCGCAGAAUCCAGCCCCUCUCGUAUUGGCAGAUGUGUGUGUUUCUCUGUAUGGGAGGGAACAGCACGACGUGGAUGAACACGGCGGUUUUGGUGACUUGCAUACGUAAUUUCCGGCGAAAUCGUGGUCCUGUCUCGGGGAUUUUGAAGGGUUACGUCGGCCUGAGCACUGCGAUCUUCACUGAUCUCUGCUCUGCUCUGUUCUCCGAAGAUCCGGCAUCGUUUCUGGUUUUGCUCGCCCUCGUGCCUCUUGCCGUCUGUCUCACGGCGGUUUUCUUCCUCCGUGAAAUCCCUCCGGCGAGUUCCGCUGACGAGGAGAGCGAGGAGACUCGGUACUUCGCCGUGUUCAACGUCGUGGCCGUCGUGGUCGCUGUGUACCUUCAGGCCUAUGACCUCAUCGGAAUCAAAACCGGAGUGUACUCCAUCAUCUUCGCCUCCAUACUCCUAGUCCUCUUGGCUUCUCCCCUCGCCUUGCCGUUCUACUCCUUCGUCCAUAGCUCGAAUCAGAGAAAGCGCGUGGAAGAAGACAUCGAAGGACGAAUCGACGAGCCGUUGCUGGGACCCGAGAUCGUGGAGGAGAAGGAAACUGGCGCUGCAGCGGCGGAGGACGACAAGUUGCCGACGUCGAUAUUGAAACAGGCGACGGCGGAAGAAAACCAACGAACCACUGCGACGACAGAGGAUGUAGUGGUGAAGAAGAGGCCGGUUCUGGGGGAGGACCACACCAUAAUCGAAGCCAUGUUGACCGUCGAUUUCUGGGUACUGUUCUUUUCGUUUCUGUGUGGUGUAGGCACUGGUUUGGCGGUGAUGAACAACAUGGGUCAGAUCGGUCUCGCGCUUGGUUACACAGACGUAUCCAUGUUCGUCUCCAUGACCAGCAUCUGGGGAUUCUUCGGCCGGAUUCUCUCCGGUACUGUCUCCGAGUACUUCCUCAAGAAAGCUGGAACACCAAGACCGCUAUGGAACGCGGCCUCACAGAUCAUAAUGGCCGUAGGAUACAUACUGAUGGCUUUAGCCAUGCCGGGCUCGCUCUAUAUAGGCUCGAUGGUGGUCGGGGUCUGCUAUGGUGUGCGUCUCGCCAUAACCGUUCCUACAGCAUCUGAACUCUUCGGUCUCAAAUACUACGGUCUCAUCUACAACAUCCUCGUCCUUAACCUGCCUCUUGGCUCUUUCCUCUUCUCCGGUCUCCUUGCUGGUCUCCUCUACGACGCUGAGGCCACACCCACACCGGGUGGCGGCAACACUUGCGUCGGACCGCACUGUUAUCGCCUCAUCUUCAUCGUUAUGGCUUUCGCCUGCAUCGUCGGGGUUGGUCUUGACAUCUUGCUCUCGUUCCGGACGAAAGAUAUCUAUGCAAAGAUCCACUCGAGCAAGAAGGCCAGGAAAUCUGGUGGUAACCUUAGUUGAUUGAGGUUUUGGUAACGAAAGUUGUAAACUUUGGAUUGUUUUUGUCACCACCCUUUUUUGUUUUUAUGGUUACAAAUGUAGAAUUUUUUGUUGUUAUAGCACCGAACAUUAUAAAAUUCGAUUGGGUCAUUUGA